AUGGCUCGCUCGGGAAGAUCCUCCUUCUCUCGCAUAUUCACGGGAGUGUUGCUGGCUACAGUGAUAUUUCCAGAGUUUCUCCUGGCAAUUCCGGUGACCCAGCGCUUAAAGGAAGAUGGUUCAGAAAAAGCAGAUACUGCAGCCUCUUCUAAGAGGCUUGUGCGCAACAGGAGAAACAUCAGCUGGUACAAGCAGAACUCUGAUUUCUGGAACUGGUACAAGUACUUCUCUGACACUGGCAACCAGGAGGGAGUUGCGGAGCUGGAUCGUGUAUAUCUGGCAUACUUGCAAAACAAGAACCGGGCUGAGGCUCAGAAGUCCUACAAGCAGUACUUACAGCACCUGGGCGACAUCUACAAGUCCUGUGCCGAGUCUGACGACCCAAACUGUGUGGCUUCUUACACCAGCAGGCCAAAACCAAAGGCUGAACCCCCAAAACCUGCACCCGUCAAGUCCUGCGAUCCUUUCAGGGAUCCAUAUUGCCUGUAUGCUAUGGGUUACACGCAUUAUCCAUACAUGGCCCCUGCUCCCGUGAAGACUCCUGUCCCUGUGAAGGCUCCUGCCCCAGUCGCAAUUAAAACCCCAGCCUACUUCCGCAGCCCUGUUGUGAAGGACCCACGCUCAGGCUACUAUUACCAUGCCUCAUUGACGCAACCCUUCCUCUCCGCUGAGCAGAGGGCAGAGCUGCUGCGCAUCUGCGAUGCCGAAGAUGUUGAGUGCUUGCAGUACCACCUGCGCGCUGCCUAUGGCUACAAUGCCCCCACUGGACCGCUCCCAUCUUACUCCCAUCUGGGUUGUGACCCCAAGAGUGACCCAAACUGUGUCCCCCAUCUUGUGCAGAAGACUCCGUCUGGUCUCUACCUUCGGUACCCCAACUGCGAUCCCCGGGUUGACCCAUACUGCGCCUAUGCUGCUGCCCUUGCUGCUGCCCAGAAUGUGGAGGCACCUUCUGCUCCAGCUCCCCUUGAGAGGCCUUGCAACCCACUCUAUGAUCAGAACUGCAACCCCCUGACAGCUAUCAAGUUUGCCAGCCUGGCAGCCUCUGCCGAUGAGCCCAAAGAUGAGCCAGCUCCGAUGGCCAGCGCCAUGCGGGCUCCACCCAGUCCCCGUUACGAUCCAUUAGCCAUGUACCAAGACGCUGCUCCUGCAGCUGCCUUGCGUAGAGGACCUCCUGCUCCACGCCUGCCACAGCUACCCCUUCCACCUCCCAGCAUGGAAGAGAGCCGCCAUCCUCUAGGACCCCCAGGCAAGACCAAGGAGGGCUAUGACUGCUUCAUUGGCUAUGAUGAAGAGUGCUAUCCAGUUAGUGCCCAGAACGAACGCCCUGGCCCACUUAGACAGGUGCACCAUUCCACUGAAGCAUAUGAGCCCCACCUCAAUGCUGAUGGCACCAGAAAUGGUGUGAUCGAACCAGAUCCUGACUGUGACCCGGAAUACGACAGGAACUGCCGUCUGCGCCGCUACGAGCCUGAGACUGAAGAACCAGCAAUGCCCAUUCCUCGGGAUGAGCAGCGUGUUUACCAGCCUGUUCAUGAGCGUAGAGGAGAGCCAGUCCGCCAUGAGGAGGCCCCCCAACACAGAGGAGAGGUCUACCGUGAACAGCAGCCAGAAAACCAAGGCUAUGACCAGCAGUAUGACAGUUAUAUGAGUGGCCAGGAGGACCCCUAUGCCAGCUAUGGUGCCCAGGAGCCAAGUGCAGUCAGCUUGCAGGAUGUCCUGAGGGGUUACGGAGGCCGCUUCCCUGGACAGGGUGACCAUCGGGCCUAUGCAGGAGACUACAAAAAGAAAUGAGAAGCACAAGACGCCACUGAAUUAGGAGAACAGGACAGCAUGUGGCUGUGGAUAGAUAUAAAAAUGUACACUGAUUGAAAAAAUGAAACUGUAAUUAUGCCAUAAUUUACAGAGAGGGAAGUCUUUCUCUGAUGUAACAGUGUUUAGGAGCUCUUACCAAAGCCCUGCCUUAUGACAGCACUUGUACAGGAUUUCAUUGGGCUUUUCUGUCUUUCUGGGUAAUUUGAUCGAUGACUCACACUUGCUAACUGAGCGACACAAGUUUAAAGAGAAUGAUGAAGUGCACCUCAGUUAGAUUUCCUAAUUAAUAAGCAUAUGAAAUAACUCUUGGUGUAUCAUGUCAAUAAAAUAUGCUUAUUCCUACAUUUUUUUUCAUGAGGUGGUACAAUAUGGAAUAUGAAUUGUGUAUCUGAAUAUACUGCAGUUGUGACCAUGUGACCAUUUAUUGAUAUUUCUUUUUCUAUUUCACUGUUGUUGUUUUUUUCAUUUUGUAUUGUUUUUGCAACUUAAUGGUCCAGUCAGAG